GCGAGUGCUGGCUGCGCCCGGGCGCCAACGGGCCGCGCGCGGACGCGGCCGGGCCCACCACGCACCCGUUCGCGGGGCCCGCGGCCGCCGCGCCGCCCCCGUCCCCCGGGCUGCCCCCCGCCUGGGCCGCGAUGAUGGCCGCGCUGUACCCCAGCACCGACCUCUCGGGCGCCUCCUCCUCCUCCCCGCCGUCCUCGCCCUGCUCCUCGCCGUCGCCCCACGAGGAGAUGGCGCUCAAGGAUGUGCGGGAGGUGAAGGAGGAGAACAGCCUCAAUGAGAAGCUUUUCUUGCUGGCGUGCGACAAGGGUGACUAUUAUAUGGUUAAAAAGAUUUUGGAGGAAAACAGUUCAGGUGACUUGAACAUAAAUUGCGUAGAUGUGCUUGGGAGAAAUGCUGUUACCAUAACUAUUGAGAACGAAAACUUGGAUAUCCUACAGCUUCUUUUGGACCACGGUUGUCAGUCUGCAGAUGCACUUUUGGUGGCAAUCGACUCGGAAGUAGUGGGAGCGGUUGAUAUCCUACUCAAUCACCGGCCAAAGCGAGCGUCCAGACCAACCAUAGUAAAGUUAAUGGAGAGAAUUCAAAAUCCCGAAUAUUCAACAACUAUGGAUGUGGCUCCCGUCAUUUUAGCUGCUCAUCGGAACAACUACGAGAUCCUAACAAUGCUCUUAAAGCAGGAUGUCUCUUUGCCCAAACCCCACGCCGUUGGCUGUGAGUGCACGUUGUGUUCUGCAAAAAACAAAAAGGACAGCCUUCGACAUUCCAGGUUUCGUCUUGAUAUUUAUCGCUGCUUGGCCAGUCCAGCCCUCAUAAUGCUGACCGAGGAGGACCCAAUUCUCAGAGCCUUUGAACUUAGUGCUGAUUUAAAAGAACUAAGCCUUGUGGAGGUGGAAUUCAGGAACGAUUACGAGGAGCUAGCCCGGCAGUGUAAAAUGUUUGCUAAAGAUUUGCUUGCCCAAGCCCGGAAUUCCCGUGAGCUGGAAGUGAUCCUGAACCACACGUCGAGUGACGAGCCUCUGGACAAACGGGGACUGCUGGAGGAGAGAAUGAAUUUGAGUCGUUUGAAACUCGCCAUCAAAUAUAACCAAAAGGAGUUUGUCUCUCAGUCGAACUGCCAGCAGUUCCUGAACACGGUUUGGUUUGGACAGAUGUCAGGGUACCGACGCAAGCCCACCUGUAAGAAGAUUGUGACCGUUUUGGCAGUUGGCAUCUUUUGGCCGGUCUUGUCGCUCUGUUACUUGAUAGCCCCCAAGUCCCAGUUUGGCAGGAUCAUCCACACGCCAUUCAUGAAAUUCAUCAUUCACGGGGCUUCCUACUUCACGUUCCUGCUGCUGCUCAACCUCUACUCCCUUGUCUACAACGAGGAUAAGAAGAACACCAUGGGGCCGGCCCUGGAGAGGAUAGACUACUUGCUCAUCCUGUGGCUCAUCGGGAUGAUUUGGUCAGACAUUAAAAGACUCUGGUAUGAAGGAUUGGAAGACUUUCUAGAAGAAUCUCGUAACCAACUCAGUUUUGUCAUGAAUUCACUGUACCUGGCAACUUUCGCCCUCAAAGUGGUGGCCCACAACAAGUUCCACGACUUCGCUGACCGGAAGGACUGGGACGCGUUCCACCCCACCCUGGUGGCCGAGGGACUGUUUGCCUUUGCCAACGUCCUGAGCUACCUCCGGCUCUUUUUCAUGUACACGACAAGUUCGAUCUUGGGGCCAUUACAGAUCUCCAUGGGGCAGAUGUUACAGGACUUUGGGAAGUUUCUUGGGAUGUUCCUCCUGGUUUUGUUCUCCUUCACCAUCGGCCUGACGCAGCUGUACGACAAAGGCUACACCCCCAAGGAGCAGAAGGACUGCGUGGGCAUCUUCUGUGAGCAGCAGAGCAACGACACCUUCCACUCGUUCAUCGGGACGUGCUUCGCGCUGUUCUGGUACAUCUUCUCCCUGGCGCACGUGGCCAUCUUCGUGACACGCUUCAGCUACGGGGAGGAGCUGCAGUCCUUCGUGGGCGCGGUCAUCGUGGGUACCUACAACGUGGUGGUGGUCAUCGUGCUCACCAAGCUGCUGGUGGCCAUGCUGCACAAGAGUUUCCAGCUCAUUGCGAAUCACGAAGACAAAGAGUGGAAGUUUGCGCGGGCCAAGCUGUGGCUCAGCUACUUUGACGACAAGUGUACGCUGCCACCCCCGUUCAACAUCGUCCCCUCCCCGAAGACCAUCUGCUACAUGGUCAGCAGCCUCAGCAAGUGGGUCUGCUCGCACACGUCCAAGGGCAAGGUGAAGCGGCAGAACAGCCUGAAGGAGUGGAGAAACCUGAAGCAGAAGAGAGACGAGAACUACCAGAAGGUGAUGUGCUGCCUGGUGCACCGCUACCUGACCUCCAUGAGGCAGAAGAUGCAGAGCACCGACCAGGCCACCGUGGAGAACCUCAACGAGCUGCGCCAGGACCUCUCCAAGUUCCGCAAUGAGAUCCGCGAUCUGCUGGGCUUUCGGACUUCUAAGUAUGCCAUGUUCUACCCCAGAAACUAA